AUGACAGAGGUCACGGAGACUCGGCGCCCGCGGGGUGGGCUGGGGAUCCUGUGCGGCGGUGACAGCCCAGUCCACACGCACCCAUCCUGCGCCGAUCCGGCGGCGACCCCUACCAACCGCCGCCCCAGCACCGUGCGUCUCUUCCAGCCCCUGGCCCGCCCCGCCCUGCGUGGAAGGGGGACUGGCACAGGGCUUCUGGGGCCCAGCGGGCCCGGGGUGUCCCGUUUCUCCCGCCCCUCCCGUGGAUCCCGGGAGGAGGAGGCAGCGACGGCUGCGCGUCCCGACUGGCGAGGGCGCUCGCGCGCAGGAGCGGGACCCAGUGGUGCCGCGGUUACCUCCACCUCCGCGGGGGGAAAGGGGGCGGGCCGGGGCGCCGGGGAGAGGAGGAGGGGGAGGACGGCGAGGAGGGAGGCCGGCUCCCGGAGCCGGAGAGCGCGGCCGGCUCGAAGGCUGGGUCCCGAGCUCGCGGCUUCCGGGAGGCGCCCGAAGUCUGAUAAAUACGUCCCGGGUGCCGGGGAUCAGGCGGGUGCCUCGUUCCCGCAGCCCCGUCCGCACCUCGGUCCGCAGAGCGGCCGCGCGCACUCGAGCUGCUGCUCGGCGGCGGCGGCCCCGAGCCUCCUGUUGCUGGACUACGACGGGUCGGUGCUGCCCUUCCUUGGGGGCCUGGGCGGGAGCUACCAGAAGACCCUCGUGCUGCUCACCUGGAUCCCCGCGCUGUUCAUCGGCUUCAGCCAGUUCUCGGAUUCCUUCCUUCUGGACCAGCCCAACUUCUGGUGUCGUGGGGCCGGCAAAGGCGCCGAGGUGGCGGGGGCUACUGUCACCGGCCGGUGGGGUGACAUGAGCAAUUGGACCAGCCCCCCGACCACCCCCUUCUUCACUGCCGCCUGGGGGGCCGCGGGCAACCGGAGCAACAGCAGCGGUCCGGACGGAGGGGACACGCCGCCUCUCCCGUCGCCUCCGGACAAGGGGGACAACGCUUCUAACUGCGACUGCCACGCGUGGGACUAUGGCAUCCGCACCGGCCUUGUCCAGAACGUGGUCAGCAAGUGGGAUCUUGUGUGUGAUAAUGCCUGGAAGGUCCAUAUCGCUAAGUUCUCCUUACUGGUUGGAUUAAUCUUUGGCUACCUAAUAACUGGAUGCAUUGCUGACUGGGUUGGCCGGCGGCCUGUGCUGCUGUUUUCCAUCAUCUUCAUUCUGAUCUUUGGACUGACUGUAGCACUCUCAGUGAAUGUGACGAUGUUCAGCACACUCAGGUUCUUUGAAGGAUUUUGCUUGGCUGGAAUAAUUCUCACCUUGUACGCAUUACGGAUAGAGCUGUGCCCACCUGGAAAACGGUUCAUGAUCACAAUGGUGGCAAGCUUCGUGGCUAUGGCAGGCCAAUUCCUCAUGCCCGGGCUGGCUGCCCUGUGCCGGGACUGGCAAGUGCUGCAGGCCCUGAUCAUCUGCCCCUUCCUGCUCAUGCUGCUGUACUGGUCCACAUUUGCCACUUCCACAAUAGAACUGUGCACAAAGAUUGCAGCCUGGCCAGCUCCUUGCCCACGAGGCCAGCUUAGGUCCCCUCUGCACCUGCUGAGCCUGGCCAGUGAGCGCCACUGCCUCCUUCCUCAGCUGUCCUUUGGAAGCCACACUCUCCAGGUGCAGAGAGGCCAGGGCCGACUUCCAGGGCCACCUUUGCCUCUUGCCGUGGUGUCCCUAAGUAGAGAAUUGCUCCACAAGGAGCUGGGGCGCAGACUGGGCCCCAAAGACUGUGAGGCACUGCUGCUCACCAGCAGGUGGCCAGCCAGCUCCUGCAGGCCCCGGCCUUGUUUUAAAUUUCCCUGUUGGAUUGGCAUAUCAGCUCAGGACUUUGUCAAACUGCUGGCCUGGUUCAGAAAAGAAAGCUUUCUCUCCCCUGCUGGGGGCCAUGGAGUGCCUCCCAUCCAGAGACUUCUGUCCUGCCCAGGCUCACAGACUUCAUUUCUUGCAGAGCUGGAGAAGGAGCUUUCCCGAAGGCCCAAGAAAGUAUGCAUCGUGAAGGUGGUAGGAACCCGAAACCUGUGGAAGAACAUCGUGGUCCUGUGUGUAAACUCGCUGACAGGGUACGGCAUCCACCACUGCUUUGCAAGGAGCAUGAUGGGCCACGAGGUGAAGGUACCACUCCUAGAGAACUUCUAUGCCGACUACUACACCAUGGCCAGCAUCGCGCUGGCCUCCUGCCUGGCCAUGUGCGUGGUGGUCAGGUUCCUUGGGCGCAGGGGAGGGCUACUGCUCUUCAUGAUCCUCACUGCCCUGGCCUCGCUCCUGCAGCUCGGGCUCCUCAACCUGAUCGGAAAAUACAGCCAGCAUCCAGACUCAGGGAUGAGUGACAGCGUCAAGGACAAGUUCUCCAUUGCAUUUUCUAUCGUGGGCAUGUUUGCAUCCCACGCAGUGGGCAGCCUCAGCGUGUUCUUCUGUGCAGAGAUCACCCCCACAGUGAUAAGGUGUGGUGGGCUGGGGCUGGUGCUGGCCAGCGCAGGCUUUGGCAUGCUGACAGCACCCAUCAUCGAGCUGCACAACCAGAAAGGCUACUUCUUACACCACAUCAUCUUUGCCUGCUGUACACUCAUCUGCAUUAUCUGCAUCCUGCUGCUGCCGGAAAGCAGGGACCAGAACCUGCCUGAGAACAUCUUCAAUGGGGAGCACUACACGAGGCAGCCGCUGCUGCCCCACAAGAAGGGGGAGCAGCCGCUCCUGCUCACCAAUGCUGAGCUCAAGGACUACUCAGGCCUGCACGACACAGCUGCUACAGGUGAUGGGCUGCCUGAGGGUGCCACAGCCAAUGGCAUGAAGUCCAUGUAGCUGGCCAAGACCCGCUGCCGUCCUGCAAGUCCCCUGGGACUCCAAAGGCUGGAGGGAGUUUGGACACAGAUUUAGAGACCAGGGAGAAGAACCACGGCAAGAGGAAGAAAGUCCAACUCUGCUGCUGACACCAUCCAAUUGUGAGACUUUCAAGUGGUGUGGGGAAAUUCUAUCUUUCCAAAUGUCCAAGGAGUGGGAUUAAGGAAACAGACUCUGGAAAUAAUUCUUCAAGACUUUCUUUUCUGCCAUUGAAUGUUGGUAUUUAUUUUGGUCAUUUUUACAAGAAGCACUUUAUUCCCUUCCUUCUCAGUGAUCAUGAGAUGGAACAGCCUUCAGGAGUGAGGCAGGGUCACUGGGGAAGACCCCAGGAGUGACCAACACAGCAGCCAGCCUCCUCGCUGGGGGUCCUUACAGCUGCACACCCUCCAGCUGCACCACCAAUGCUCACUGGGCAGGCCUGGAGCCGCCACGCAGGCCACCCACCAUGGACAGUCGACACUCUUGGGGAACAUUCUGGGGACUACAUUUGAGACAGUGAAGUGUACACAGUUAGGGUUUUGCUAAUCUGUAUGUUAUAAAGUCCCUUUUUUCCCCCUUUUGGUUUGUAGGGUAGUUUCCAUCCAUGUUAGGGGAAACAGCUCUUGGAUAUUAUCAAAACCAGCUUAGCCCUCAUUCCUUCUGGAUCAUCCCUUGUACUUGAUGCUUUACCAGAAAUCUAAAAUGAUCAGCGAUAAUAUUCACCAGUUUUCUGACACCAGGUUUGCUUAGUUUUAAAAAAAAUAUGCAAGUAGCAAAUGUGUUGGGGUCUGAGACAUUCAUUGUUAUUAAAACUUCUUCCCAGAGUUGGCUCCAACAGAGAAAAUUCCCUCCUCCAAUCAGCUUUGUUGCCAGCACUACUUGAAAAUGUGGCUCCUGUGUGAACUAUAAUAACAGGAAAAUAAUUGAGAAAGAUGACUGAGACAAAUCCCAGGAGGAAGCCUGGCCCUCCCACAUGUGGCUGUCACCCACAUCUGGAACACAUACCACAGAGAGCACCAGCUCAGAUGGCUGGCAUUCUCCCGGGAUCCCAGAGCCACAGCACUGCAGGAGACCAUCCUCUCAUGUCUUCCUCAUCACUUCCACCUGUCACUCACUCAGCACAGAGGGGCCUAGGACAGGAGUGCAGAUUGUUCAAGUCCAGUCCACAUGGUCUCUAGCCUCUUGAAAGAAGCAAGAAGUGAGAAAGCAAUAACUCACCAAAGCUCAACUCCCAUGCUGCCCUCUCCCAGGGUUCUGAUUAUGUUCCUCAUUUUGCCCCAGGCAGUGGAACACCUGGGGCUGCUAAGAAACCAGCUUUCUCCACACAGACAGGCACUGCUUUGUAGCAACUCAGGCUCCUGCUUUUCUGGACAGGUUGGCUUACUAGAACCAUCAGUCUUGCCCCUCUGAUGCAUCUCUGCCAUGGACUGUGUUCAGCCAGGGAAAUCAGUCUUGGGCCUGUGUAGCCAAUUAGAUGACUUCAAAUGAGUUGCUAGAAUUCAAAGGGCCAGAAAGGGGUUGAGUUUCUCCCCAUCCAGCUCUCCACCUGGUCUGUUUCUUCCUGUUUCACCCACCUCUUCUCCACAUCUGGUACACACAUCAGCAGGAACCCGUGGCCUUGAUAAAGACCUUCUGGGGCCAGUAAUCAGACGUGCAGUCCUGUAUUUGCAGCAGCUGGGCCUUUGCCAACUCAUCAUCUGAUGCCUGUGGUCUGACAGUCUUGCUCCAGGACAGAUGACAGGGGAUGGAGGCUGUCUGGCCAGCCUUCCCCAAACCUGCUCCAAAUCCAGCUCUUCUUCACCCACCCUGGUCUUUUUUCUUAAGCCAUCUUGUUCUGUGUGUCCAUUCAGUCUGCAUUCACCUCUUACAAAGGCCUUUCUUUAGAUCUGUGCAAGCCUUUGCGUGCCAAACUUGUCAAAUACCUUUUACCUUUUUUUAGGGUACUUGCUACCAAGUCGUCUGGCAGCAAACCCAGCUAAAUAUAGGACAGAACAUAUACAGAAGUUGUGAGCAGUCUCACACUGGUCGUUCAGUGCUUUAUAAAGCAAUGUAUGGAAGCUACAGAAUGCUGCCGAAAUCACAAGAAUGUGAUGUCAAGGUAUAGCACUUCUAAACUUUUCCACCUCAAGUGACAAUGAAAAAAAAACAACAACAACAAAAACUGGGCCAGUGAAGACCACUGCUAAGCACUUCAGCAAUCAAGGCGAACCUAUCAGUGACUGUAAGCAGCUGGCUCUGGGACCUGGGGCAGGGCCCAGUCUAGCAAAUGUGCAGGAAGAUCUCAGCAGGCAGAACCCUGUGGGGGAAAGCUAGGGGUAAGUCUGAGCUCCUACAGCUUAAGGGUAGUUGAAGCUCUUGAGGAACACCUGUAUGAAAUAUAGUCAGAAAAAGAAUGCUUCCCUAUGGGAGCAUUGCAAAGCCCAUACCAAGGCAGAAAGGCAGGAGGGCACCCAGGCCGGAGACAGGAUAAACCUGCCUGGCCCCACAGGGAGAGCUGAGCCCCAGCUCCCUAGCACCAGCCUAUACUGAGCUUCUUGGUCCAAUGUCCCUCCUGGAUUUCUAGAAGAGACUCAUCUCAGGCACAUUCCCUUUCUGUUUUGCCCUCUCAUCCCCUGGGGAAAUGUGGGAAGGUACCCUGCUGCUCUCACCACCCAUCCCUACACCCUGCAAACCCUUUAAUAAGUUAUGCACAAAUGUGAACACCGGAGAUGGGGUUAUUUCUUAUUCUUUUCCAGAAGUCAGUAAUAACUCUUAUCAAAUACCGUAGUUAUUAGCACUCAAACAGAAAAAGGGGUUAAAUGUUUUCCAAGACUGUAAUCACUGGCAGCUGGAAGACACAGUAGUGAGUGGGUCUGACCACAGAACGGUAAGCAUCAAAUCAGACCUCAUAGGGGAAGGAUCCCACUCAAACAUGACCACUUCCCAGAGCCACAUGGGAGACCCCUGAACUGGAAGUGCCACUCAGUGCAUCUUAUGACUGUCACACUGCCCAGCCCUGGGGCCCUCAGGCUGGGGAGACCCACGAUUCAACUGUCUUGAAGACCACCACCUCACUGUAAUGUAUUGUGUGUGUGUUGGGAAAGCAGUACAGUGUGUCGUGUCAAAUAAGGAACGCUUCCCUACCUCUGUCCCUCUGCACCCCAACCUUGUGAGGUUUGACUCUAGGAACCAUGUUACCGUACAUGUCCACGGGGCUUCCUCCGGCGGUACUUGUUCAUAGCACAAGCUACACUGAGUUCUGAACUGUCAUUCACAGCUACCUGUCUGCAUGGUGUUGCCUCUGUUGUACCUUUGGGGAAAAUUCGUAUGUAAAUGUACAGAAAUAAAAAUGUUGCCCCAUUAACAGAUUUCCUCUGGAAUGUCUUCCCUACCUCACCUGAUGGUAUCCAGCGAAGGGCAUUUCACUACCAUUGAUGAAGAGUAAUAAAGUCCUCCAUGUUGAUUCAGAG